AUGAAGGUGGCAGUUCUGUGUUUAUGCCUUAUCAGCAUCACCGCUGCAUGGCCAGUGAGUAAAUCCAAGCAGCAUGGAGUUUCUGCCAGCUCUGAAGAAAAAUACGACCACAGGGGCCAUCACUCACACAGAUAUCACCACCACCACCAUGUGAAUUCUCAGUCUUGGGAGAGUCUGCAGGACUCACAGAAUGACCUGGCAUCACCUCAGCAGACUCUCUACUCUUCAGAAGAAAGCGUGGAUGUCCCAGUGAAACCACACUUUCCUGAUGUGUCAAGCAAGAGCCAUGAAGAUGUGGAUGAUGACGAUGAUGAUGAUAAUGAUUCCAAUGAUACGGAUGAAUCCGAUGAGGCCGUCUCAAGUUUUCCCACAGAAAUUCCAAUAACUGUCCCCAUGCCCCCUUUCACCCGGGGAGACAACGCCGGCAGAGGUGACAGCGUGGCCUACAGGGUGAGGGCAAAAGCUGCAGCCAUGAAGGCUAGAAAACUCCGUAAAGCUGCAAAAAAGCUCAUUGUGUAUGAUGCCACUGAGGAGGAUGAGAGCACCCUGGAUGCAGACAGCCAGCAAGCAGGACUCUCCCAGGAGGAUCCUGCCGUCCGCCGUGCCUUGGGGAAGUACAUCAGCAGGGAAUGGUCUGACAAGAACCAUGGGCAGGACAGCAGUGAGCUGGACAGCAAGCAGCGGGACCAGAGCAUGGAAAACGACAGCCGGCAGAAAUUUGAUAGCCAUGAGGUGGAAGCAGAUGUUAGCAAGGCUAGUGUCAAAGAAGAUAGCCACCAGAGCAUGGAAAGCAGGGAGAGCCAGGUCCACGUUUCAGCUGAGAUCCCUGAUGACAACAGCAAUCAAACAUUGGAGAGUGCCGAGGAUGCUCGAGAUCGUCACAGCAUCGAAAAUAACGAAGUCACCCGUUAA